AGCAACACUCACUGUGGUGACGUUUUCCAGGACCGUGCCGUGUAAAGAUCUCAGAAAAAUCGACAGAAGAAGGAAAAACAAUACUUUUCUACAAAUAUUUUGAGUGUUGAACUUAAAGAUUGAUUAUGUGGACUGUAACAAAGCGUGUCAUUGCAAUUUAGUUAGUUUUUUGAUGUGAUAGCAAGGGGAUAACAUCUCAUCAUGAUCACGACAGCUUCGUUAUUCGUUUGCGCAUUAUCGCUUUUGACAUGUGUAAAAGCGUUUUAUUUACCCGGCUUAGCCCCGGUAAAUUACUGUAGUAAAACCGGCGAGGAUAACGCAAACACUUGCAAAAAUGAAAUCCCAUUGUAUGUGAACAGAUUAAACACAGAAGAGUCAGUGAUACCAUUUGAAUAUCAUCACUUUGAUUUCUGCACAACAGAUGAAACUCAAUCUCCAGUUGAGAAUCUUGGUCAAGUUGUAUUCGGGGAGCGAAUUAGGCCAAGUCCAUACAAGCUGAACUUUAUGGAAAAUGUUGAUUGUGCAGCUGUGUGUACUAAAACUUACAAGGGGUCGAACCCCGAGUCGCUAAAGAAGUUGAACUUGUUGAAGAUGGGUAUGGCGCUGUAUUAUCAGCAUCACUGGAUACUGGACAAUAUGCCGGUCACCUGGUGCUACUUGGUGGACAAAGAGAAGACUUACUGCAGCACUGGCUUCCCUAUGGGCUGCCAAGUCAGGCGGGAUUUGGACACAUGCACACCGAUCGUAGCCACUAAUCAGGCCCCGGUCGGCGCCUACUUCCUGUUCAACCACGUGGACAUCGAGAUAACGUACCACAGCGGCGCCGAGGAGGAGUGGGGCGUGGGCUUCGGUGAUAAUGGUGGAAGGAUUAUUUCGGCUAAGGUUAAACCAGCCAGCAUCCGGCACACAAACACCGAAAAGCAGCUAGACUGCAACACUCGGACUCCCCUCGAAAUACCCAACAUGCUCACUGGAGACGAGACCUUCUCCAUCACCUACUCCUACCGCGUCACCUUCCACCGGAACAACACCAUCAAAUGGUCAUCCCGAUGGGACUACAUCCUCGAAUCGAUGCCGCAUACGAAUAUACAGUGGUUCUCCAUUUUGAACUCGUUGGUUAUAGUCCUGUUCCUUAGUGGAAUGGUUGCUAUGAUUUUGUUGAGGACCCUUCACAAGGAUAUUGCGAGAUACAAUCAGAUGGAGUGUGGAGAAGAUGCCCAGGAAGAGUUUGGUUGGAAACUGGUGCACGGAGAUGUGUUCAGACCGCCGCGACGAGGAAUGCUGCUGGCUGUCUUCCUGGGAUCCGGGGCACAGGUAUUCGGCAUGACCCUGGUGACCCUGGCGUUCGCGUGCCUCGGUUUCCUGUCGCCCGCCAACCGCGGCGCCCUGAUGACGUGCGCGCUGGUGGCCUGGGUGCUGCUCGGCGCGGCCGCCGGCUAUGUCAGCGCGCGCAUCUACAAGAGCUUCGGCGGACGGCGAUGGAAGAGCAAUAUCUUGUUGACUUCUAUGGUGUGCCCUGGUGUGGUGUUCUCCCUGUUCUUCAUAAUGAACCUGGUUCUCUGGGGCAAGGGCUCAUCGGCUGCGAUUCCAUUCUCCACCCUUUUGGCGCUGCUGGCUCUGUGGUUCGGAGUCUCUGUGCCGCUAACUUUCAUCGGCGCUUACUUCGGCUUUAGGAAGAGGAUUCUGGACCAUCCAGUGCGCACUAACCAAAUUCCACGGCAGAUCCCUGAGCAGUCCCUCUACACGCAAGCGGUGCCUGGCGUCGUCAUGGGCGGAGUCCUGCCGUUCGGGUGCAUCUUCAUACAGCUGUUCUUCAUCCUCAACUCUCUGUGGUCCAGCCAGAUGUACUACAUGUUCGGCUUCCUAUUCCUCGUGUUCGUGAUCCUGGUGAUCACGUGCUCGGAGACCACCAUCCUGCUGUGCUACUUCCACCUCUGCGCCGAGGACUACCACUGGUGGUGGCGCGCCUUCUUAUCUUCAGGCUCGACAGCUGGUUACCUCUUCGUCUACUGCUGUCAUUACUUCGUCACCAAAUUGAACAUAGAAGACGCCGCCUCAACUUUCCUGUACUUCGGUUACACGCUCAUCAUGGUAUUCUUAUUCUUCCUAUUAACGGGCACUAUAGGAUUCAUGGCUUGCUUCUGGUUCGUGAGGAAGAUUUACAGUGUAGUUAAGGUAGAUUAGAUGGACUUUGUAUGCUCCGUGUCUCGGUUUGGGAUGUGUAAGGAUUUUUAUUAUUCAUCAGUGUAUACUUGGAUUUACAGAUGUGUUAGGGUCUCCCCAUAUUUAUCGACGCGAAAUCGGCAAAAGCCGAUGUCUGCGCAAUAAGAACGGAAAAGACGUCAUUCGGCUCGGCUUGCAUCGGCCGAGGCCUUCCGACGCACCGUCGCCUUUUUCGCUCGUAUUGCGCAGACAUAAGGCUUUUUCUAUUGGCUUUUGCCGAUUCCGCGUUGAUAUAGGUGGGGAGAGCCUUAGUUGCGCAGUUUCAAAAAUAUUGAAGUGUUCGGAAAAAUUAGGACAUUCUCAUACGAAAUUAAGGAAACGUAAAAUAUCGAUCCCGAUACAAAAAUAUGAGAUAUUUCCGAUAGUUUUCAAUUUUGGUAACUUUCUAACGGCACAUCACUAGUUGGAUUUGUGUAUGUUCGACCAGAAGAUGUUAAGCACUUAUAAUCAAACUUAAAAUUUCAACAUCAUCAAUGUGGUAUGUUGGAAGUAUGCUCAACAUUUUCUUUGGUGUGUAAGCUGACGUUGAAGAUAUGUUUACACAUUUGCAUCGUAUUCAGUUGUGAUACAGUUAUACAUGUCUUUGACGUCGACACGACUGAGGGCGUUUUUACUGCAGAUACUUAUGUCCAGAGUACACAUAAGAAACAAAUGUAACAUACAAUCAAAAAAUACGCAAAAUAUUGCAUGAACUUAAAGCGUCCUUAUGAUGAAGUAUAAUUGCUGUUGGAUCUCAAAAUUGAGUGAAUGUUCGAUUUGCCGAUUUGACAAAUGAAUGUUUAAUUUACAUUUUUUUGCAGUAGGUACUUUAUGACAUUAGUACACAAAAGGUAUUGGUGAAAACGAGAUUAGAGAUAUACGGCUCGAUUCUAACUUUAAGAUACUUCGAACAUUUGCUAAAGAUAUGAUAUGGAUUGGAUAUGUUCAUAUCGUAUCUUUAGGAAUCGGGCCGGGAAGUAAUGAAGAGAAUGAUGCGCGCAAUAAGUAAUUGUUUAUUGAGAUUUUGCAGUAUAAUACAGAUUUAAUAUACCUACAAUUAAUUAAAAAAAACUGAAAACCUUAAUAAUCUGAGCUUGUUAAACCAACGGUCAACUUAAGUAGUUAUUUUAUGUCAAAAAGUAUGAAAAAGCACUGCAUCGGGCCGAAUUCAUUUUUUUUCUGUAGUUGUCAUGCUGCAAAAUCAGAAACAACACGAUAAGUCUUUUCAAAAGAUUGUUCGUACAUUAGAGUAGGUAUAAGUACUUGUGAUACCAGUUAUCCGUACCGCUUUAGACUGCUUGAUUUACAUUUAUAAAUAUGUCUUAUUUGUCGAUGUUACGAUAGCAGUUUGAUACUAACCGGAAGGUACGUGAUCAUUUAAAAUGUCGAUGCCUCUCAAAUUUUUUGGUUUUAUGUUACCUAUCAGAAUAAAACAAAAAAUUGCGCUCUACAUAUCCUUCGUGUCAUCCACGAUGACGCGUAAAUUUGUCAAAUCCAACCUUUAAUAACAUGACAAUAGAAGUCAAGGCACGCGUCGUCGUAAAUGGCACGAUCUAGUUCGAUCUAUAUGUCACUAAUUAUACUAGUCUUCUUGUAUGUUUUUAGAUUCCAGCUUUAGUUCAGUCUGGAUAUAAAUAAUUGGGCAACACCUCCAAAAGCGUCAAUUUUUAACAGGUUGUGUUGCCAAAUUAUUUGAUUGCAUAAUCUAACCUUUUAACCCUUUGGGCGCCAAAGACGUCACCUAAAGCGCGGAAUGCUCGAAGGUUGAUAUUGGGCUACAGCUAUCUUGUUUCCUUUUCUGCCUUUAACUUAAAAACAAAGUUUCUACUGCACUGUUGUAUGUAUAUGUCCUUUUGAAUGUACAUAUUUUGAAUCUGUAUAAACUUUUAAGAAUGAUAUA